AUGAUCCCACGAGUACUGGCCGCACUCCAAACCGGUUUGGCGGUGAACGACCUCCACGAUAGCUCACCGAUCCCACCCCUUAUGAGCUCAACGAGCGAAUCCGACUUCUCUAACGGGUCGGGCAAUCGCUUGUACCUCAAGGACACACAAGGGUACAAGAGCUGGUCACAACGUGCGUUUAUCAAUCUUCGAGCCGACAAACUAUGGGAUGUCGUCAACCAAUCCAUCGACUCCCUUGUCGCGGACUAUCGGUCCACGCUCGUUAUCGCACAUCCAACGGCGUCCGUCGCGCCACUUGAACCAGCCUCCCCCGGCUUUAGCGGGCUUGGGGGGGGGGGGGGGGGGGGGGGGGCUCUGGUUCUGCGCACUCGGACGAAUUGCCCAGGCUCACCAGCGUUCAAGUUGCGGACAAGGUCGCGGAAUAUCGCGAACGGGCCAUCCGCCGCAACGACUUGGCAUGCAAAUACAUCGCCAAUUCGAUCUCUGAGGAGCAGAUGUCUCACCUGAUACAUCUCACCUCGGCGUACGAGAUGUGGGACACCCUCCGAGGCCUCCACUCUCACGGUCGCCCGAGUCAUACUAUGGACCUCCUCAAUACUCUGGCACAACCCUACGCUGGGGAUAUCCCAUUUAAAGAAUUCGUCAACAAGGUCAAGAUUGCCAUGACCGAUUUUCAGAACCUCGGAGCUCCGCUUCCGCAUUGGUUGUUUGCAGGCAUGCUCGUUCGGUCGCUCCCAGCCCAGUAUGACUCGAUCGUUGGGAACCUAUAUAUAUGGGCAAUUCCCACAUACCACAUACCACAGACUCCCGAGAGACCCUUGCAAAGAAGCUCGCACGAGCACCCUGUGCCAUUUGACAAGCCCGCGCCUAGCCUGCAAAGAAGCUCGCGCGAGCAUCUUGUGCUAUGUGAUAUCCGCGCCCAGCCUGUCAGAUACCACAGACUCCUGCGCCUGCCUUGCAAAGAAGCUCGCGCGAGCAUCUUGUGCUAUUCGACACGCCCGCGCCCGGCCUGUCAGAUACGACAGACUCCCUACCACAGACUCCCGCGCCUCGCUUGCAAAGAAAUACCACAUGCCACAGACUCCUGCGAGGCGCUUGAAAAGAAGCUCGCGCGAGCAUCCUGUGGUAUUGGAGAGAGGGGUGGGGGCAGCGGCACUCUCCGCCUUCGGCCACCGGCGCUCGCGAUCUCCGAAAUGGGUUUCCCAUUUCGGGCUUCGGGUAUCGCUGGAGCUGAGGCACCACAGACUUGA